AUGAGAAAUAUUGUCGUUUUAAUUGCUUUAAUUGGCAUCUUUCACACCUUGUCAUUUAAUGAUGUUGCAUCUCAAGAUAAUACAAACGUUUAUAAAGCAAAUGUUAUUCGUACAAAGAUAAAGAGAGGUAAAUCACCUAUCGUUUAUUAUGCGAACUCUGUAUCAACAUUUAACAUAAUUUUGUCAGGAGAUAUUCAAGAGAAUCCAGGACCUGGUUCAUCCAAGUGCACUGAGUGUAAUAAAGGAGUUGGAACAAAUAGAAAACGUUUACAAUGUAUUAAGUGUUUUUGUUUUACACAUGCAUCAUGUUCUAACCUUCCCAUCUUUGAACAGAAUCGUAUGACAUCCAGAAUUGUUGUUAAAUGGACAUGUAGUGGAUGUAUAUUAUCAGAGCUUCCCUACUUUGGCGUACGUAAUAUCGCAUUUAACACAGACACUACUGAUGACCCAAUAACUACCGAGAACAGUCAUCUAAAGCUUUUAAACAAGCAUCGCAAUCAAACGUCUAUCGCUCAUUUAAACACCCAAUCUCUCUUAUCGACAUUCACAGAAUUCUCUUUAAUGUUAAACAUUUAUGACUUUGACAUCAUAACCCUAAGCGAGACUUGGCUUCAAGACAACAAGGAACAGUUAGAUUACGUCAACAUACCAGGAUAUAAGACACUUUUCAAAAACAGAAAAUCUCGAGGGGGUGGAGUUGGGAUUUAUGCCAAAGAUUCUCUACACUUUAAAUCGAGAGAUGAUUUGACAAAACAUUCUUCAAUGGAAGUUUUAUGCGUCGAAUUUCGAGGUCGGAACAAAAAUACACCCUACCUUCUAAUUACAGUAUAUCAACCAAGCUCAAAGGAAGAGCAAAAGAUCGAAUGGCUCAAUAAUUUUGAAACAUUGAUAGCCGAAAUAUCUAUUAAAUGGAGCGGCCAAGAAAAAGAAUCCACCAAACGUUAUAAAGACAUACUAAAUUCGUACAAUUUGUAUCAACAUGUCAAUAAACCAACCAGAAAGGGAGCUACUCUCAUUGAUCAUAUUAUUACUAACAUUCCUGGUAAAGUGACAAACAGUGACGUGCUUAUUACUGACGAAAUAAGUGAUCAUGACACGCCAUAUAUUCUACUUAGCAUUAAAAAAGAACGUUUUGAACCGCGAUAUAAAUUCGUUCAUGACGAAAAAAAUCUGGAUAUGAAUUCCUAUAUCGACGAUUUUUCAAAAUUACCAUUUAGUUUGAUAUUUACAUUCGAUGAUCCAGAUGAACAAAUAGAUACACUGAAUCAUCUCAUAUUAUCCUGUAUUGAACGUCAUGCCCCACUGAAGCGAGUAAAGCUAACUCGCCCGAUCGCUCCGUGGAUGAAAGACCCUGCCAUCCAAGACAGUCGAAACCAACUGGAAUUUUAUCGUAAAAAAGCCCAAGAAGAUCCAAAUUACAAAAAUGACUAUAAAGAAAAACGCACUAAUUAUCGAAAGACAUUGAAGGAAAUAAAAAACUCGUUCUUCAAGAAAUCGUUAUCGUCAAAGGAUCAAAAAUCUGUCUGGAAUACUAUUCAUCGUAUUCUGAGCAAUCAAAAAACACGAAUCAAACACGAUCCUUCAGAAAUGAAUGAAUAUUUUAGCAAUCUAGCAGCAAACCUAACUGGAAAAUCAAACGUCGAGUCUACAUUACCAGAUGAUAUCAAAACUACUGAAAACGAACAAUCGUUCAAAAUUCAACAUACUACUUACAAUGAAAUAAAUAAAAUACUAAAAAACCUCAAGAAUGACUGCUCCAGUGGUCAUGACAAUAUUCCAAUACGAUUUAUCAAGCCAGUAUCAGAAUUCAUAACAUCCCCUCUGGUCCAUAUUAUUAACAAUUGCAUCAACAAAGAAAUAUUUCCCCAGCAAUGGAAGAUUGCUCGUGUUUGCCCAAUACCAAAGAUCGACACACCAAUUAGCACAAAGGACUAUCGUCCAAUCUCAGUACUGCCAGUAUUGUCAAAAAUCUACGAGAGAGUAAUCUUAUCUCAGUUAUGUGAAUUCAUCGAAAGUAAUCAACUUUACAAUGAAACACAAUCCGGUUUUCGCAAAGGUCAUACGACUACCACAUUGAUGCUUAAGCUUCGUGACGACAUAAAAAAAGCAAUGGCGAAAAGUGAAGUGACACUCUCUAUCCUCAUCGAUUACUCCAAAGCUUUCGACACGAUUGAUCACAAAAAUCUGCUGCUGAAACUACGUGAUAUGAAUUUUUUAUUUCGUGCUUUAAAGAUAUUAUCAAGUUAUCUGAAAGAUAGGAAACAAUACGUUCAAAUUGAAGACAAAAUUUCAUCUUUAAAAUCAAUGUUUUACGGUGUACCACAGGGUAGCAUACUUGGCCCUGUCCUGUUUAACCUCUACGUCAUCGAGUUAUCAAAUCAAAUCAACUCCGCCAGUAUCCAAUAUGCUGAUGAUACAACAUUAUAUAAACACUGCAAAGUCAGAGAUCUAUUUCAAUCAAUCAAAGAUAUGGAAAAGGAUGUAGAUAACCUUCUAGCUUGGUCAAAAGAAAACAAUCUUUUGUUCAACAGUGACAAGCUUAAAUUAAUCAUAUUCCAUUCUAAGCGACUGAGAGCAUUUGAUUCUGACCGAAGCUAUCUUUGUCGUUGUGCUGGUAUGUCAAUCGAGCAGGAAGAAAAUGUUAAGUUACUUGGCAUUCAAUUCGAUCAAAAUCUAUCAUGGACCUGCCAUAUAAACAAUGUUAUAAAAUCCUCGCACUCAACACUACGUGCUCUACGAAAGUUUAGUCGUUUCACACCUUUCCAUGUACGCAAAACCUUGGCGGAAACGUUGAUCUUAUCAAGGAUAAGUUACGGUAAUGUUGUCUUCUCGCAAAUACCUGAUUAUCUGAUAUGUCGGCUACAAAAGAUCCAAAACAUGGCUGCUGGUUACGUUCUCCGCCGUUAUGCUAAUCUGCAAGAAGUCACGAAUCUAAAAUGGCUUCCCGUAAAAGAACAUAUUGAAUUCAGUAUAAGUAAACUUGUACACAAAUCGAGAAUUGAUAACAACCAUCCAAGCUAUCUAAACGUAGAGUUUGUUGUACCAACACGAAAUUUGAGAUCUUCUACGAAGGAGCCUCUUGUUAAAAAUGUUGGAAAUGGCACUUUUCAAAACCAAGCACGUUUGGGUGCCAAUAUACAAUCGACCUGUUCACAAUCUACCCUUACUCAUUUUCAGCUUGUGUUUACUUUUGCCUUUUCUCCUUUUGCGACUAGCCAACGCAUACCGUUAUGGUUCAGGAGGUACCUGGAUGCACGGAAGGAUCGGAUUCGUGCGUUGGAGACUCGUGUUAAGGCCAAUUAUAAAAAAACACGUAAUAGCGAUAUUUACGCGUUAAAGCAUGUUUUGUUACUUCAUGUGAGGGCAAUAGAGCAAGACUUUCAACGGAGAUGUACAGAAGAAUUACUUCUUUAA